UGAACAACCGGAAGCAGUGGCAGCACGCAAUGCUAACACUUCAACUCUCGCUACUUUCCUGUAAAAUGAAGAUGAACUAAAACAGCCAGCUCGUUUUGGAUUAUGAAUUUGAGCAUACAGUGUUCAUCCUGACGUGAAAGUCUCUCCGCUGUUACGUGUGUUUUUAAUCGAGCCCCGGCGUCCUACGAAGCUAACGCAGUUAGCUUUAGCGCGACCGAACACGUUUUACCGGACUGUGUGUGAAAGAGAAUCUGCAGAGAGAUCUUGUGAAGAUGUCUAAAGUCCAAAUGAUGAGAGCUUUUGUAAACCAGCGACUGACUGCGGCUGCUGAAGAGAUAUUUGAUCUGUUUGAAGGAACCAUAGCAGAAUACGAGGAGCAACUUCGUCGAUCUAAAGAGGAGAAUGAGCGACAACACAAACUACUGGAUGCUGUUUUUAACCCUGAAGUCCGCUUACAGCGAUCAGACAUCCAGCUGCUGAUGGUGAGAAAAGAAGAGGUUCCCCUUGAGCAGCAGGAGAGGAGCUCCAGUCUGAACCAGGAGGAUUCACCAGAACCACCACACAUUAAAGAGGACCAGGAGGAACUCUGGAGCAGUCAGGAGGGAGAGCAGCUUCAAGAGCCAGAGGAGGCUGAUAUAAUCAAAAUCACUUUCUAUCCUGUCCCUGUGAAGACUGAAGAAGAUGAUGGAGAGAAACCUCAGUCCCCACAGCUUCAACCAACACUAACUGAUCAGAUCAGAGAUGAAUAUUCAAAAACAGAAGCUAAAGGAGAGGAGAGUGAGGGAUCAGACCCAACUACAGACUUUAAUAUAGACAGUCAUGUACAGCCUGUUUCUGAUGAAGAGACUUCACACUCCCCUGAGACUGUGACUGAUGACUGUAACUGUGAUUGGGAGGCCAGUAAACCUCAGGAAGGUUUAAACCCUCUGCAAAACGAAGACGUACCUGUAAAUGAUUUGAACUGUAAUACUGGAAAUACAUCAGUUAGCUCGUCUGAAUGUGCUACAAGCUUUGGGCAAAAGAAACAACUGCGAAAACACAAAAUAAUCCACACAGGAGACAGACUAUUCAGUUGCUCAGUUUGUGGUAAAAGUUUCAGAGACAACGGAGAUUUAAGAAGACACUCUUUUGUCCACACGGGAGAGAAACCAUUAAGCUGUUCAGUUUGUGGCAAGAGAUUCACACAAAAUGGAGACCUUAAACGACACUCUGUUGUCCACACUGGGGAGAAACCGUUUAGUUGUACACUUUGUGACAAGAGAUUCACACAAAGAGGAACCCUUAAACUACACUAUGUUGCACACUCUGGGGAGAAACCUUUUAGUUGUGAGGUUUGUGGUCACAGAUUUACAAAUAGCGGUGAUCUAAAAAGACACACUAUUAUACACACAGGGGAGAAACCGUUUAGUUGCAGUGUUUGUGAUAGAAGAUUCACUUAUAAACAGAAUUUCAGAACACACAAGUGUGUUGCUAAGAGCAGGAAGAAAUAAUGAAAUCUCAAGAUACUCGUCACAUGUCACUUUAAAGGUAAAGUCUAACAUUUGCUGUUUUCAGAUUCAGUUUUUGGCUUUUCAUGCCUCUGUUGUGGAGACAGGACAGAGGAUAGAGUCAGGGAUGGAGCGAGUGUGGACUGACAUGCAGGAAAGGAGCCACAGGUAAGAUUUGAACCUCGGCCCCUUUGAGGGCUACAACAUCUGUAUAUGGGGAGUGCAAAGUCAUGAGGCAACACUCGUCAGUCCACACAGGGAAGAAACUUUUUAUUUGCUCAGUUUGUUGGUCAAAGAUUCACACUUAAGUGGUUCUCUAAGCAGACCUCUCAGGUCCACACAGGGGAGAAACCAUUCAGUUGUUCAAUUUGUGGCCACAGAUUGACAUGGAGUGAGUCUCUAAAAGAUCACUUCAUUUUACACUCGGGGGAGAAACCAUUUAGCAGCAGUGUUUGUGAUGAAAGAUUCACUCAGCGAAAGAGUGUCAGAAAACACAAGUGUGGUGGUAAGAGCAGCCAGAAUGAAUGAAACCUCAACCACUACGCUCGCCAAUAGAAGGUGUCUGAUCCAACCUUCUAUCUAUAGUGAAAGGUGAUCACUGUAGAUGUGUUUCACCUUAGGACAUUUUGAACAUUUGACCACACCUGCCAUCAAAGUGCCUUUCAGUCUAUUGGUGUGAAAAUCUCUAUAUAUGGGUGUGCCCCUCCCCCCUCCUUUGUUAAAAAAAAUAUCACCUGAAGAAGACCUCUGGUCGAAAACGUUGUGAUGAAUAAAAACAUUUUUGUGGCAUUUGAGCGUGUGUGGGCCUGUCUUGUUUGUGCAGUUUGGCAUGAGGCAUUUAAAGAAAUGUUGGUGCAUAUACUGAUUGACAACUUCCCUGAGCCAUAAGUGUGAUGAGUUCUGUUGGUUAAUAAUAUCACCGUCCAAAAAAAAAGGCAGAGAGAAAGAGAGGACUUCCCAGGUUAAGUUAUCAUGGAGAGUGUUUGGAGCUCUUGCCAAAAAAAUAUAUAUAUUGUUACACAUCUUGGUCACCCUAUGCUUCCAUUUUUGCUGAAAUGUAUAAAUAACCCAAACAUAGAGGUGAUGGACCUUGCAUACUUGUUAU